GGCGCCCCCGCUCGGGCGCUUUCGGCUCCGCUCGGCUAUUUCCGCCUCUUUGUUGUACUAACUCCCGACCGGAAUAAUUUUUUUCUUCCCCCCUCUCUAACCUUCUUUUGGCUCCCCUUAUUAAAAAAGGGAAAAUUAAGGAAUCCAAACCAAGCCCCAAAGCAGCCCCCGCGAGUGUCUGAGGGGAGCGGGUCCCCUCCCCCAUUCCACCCCACCCGCGUGGCCGGCGCCGUCCUCGUUGCUGCUGCUGCUGCUGCCGCCUCCUCCUCCUCCUCCUCUUCCUCCUCCCCCCAGCCAGGUCUCUGGAUGGCAGACUCUGAAAAGAAAUGCAGUUUUAAGAGACACCAAAGAUGCUGACGAGAAAGAUUAAGCUUUGGGACAUCAAUGCCCAUAUAACCUGCCGUCUUUGCAAUGGUUACCUUAUUGAUGCUACCACUGUAACAGAAUGCUUGCAUACAUUCUGCAGGAGUUGCUUGGUAAAGUAUCUGGAGGAAAAUAACACCUGUCCCACAUGCAGAAUUGUCAUACACCAGAGCCAUCCACUACAAUAUAUUGGUCAUGACAGAACGAUGCAGGAUAUUGUUUACAAACUUGUUCCAGGUCUUCAAGAAGCGGAAAUGAGGAAGCAGAGGGAAUUCUACCACAAACUGGGCAUGGAAGUACCAGGUGACAUCAAAGGGGAGACGUGCUCGGCCAAGCAACACUUAGAUUCUCACCGUAACGGGGAAACAAAAGCAGAUGAGAGUACGAACAAAGAAACGUCAGAAGAGAAACAGGAAGAAGAUAAUGAUUAUCAUAGAAGUGAUGAACAGGUAAGCAUUUGCUUGGAAUGCAACAGCAGCAAAUUGCGUGGAUUGAAGAGGAAAUGGAUUCGCUGCUCGGCACAAGCCACAGUCCUGCAUCUAAAGAAGUUCAUUGCCAAAAAACUUAACCUUUCUUCUUUUAAUGAGCUGGAUAUAUUAUGCAAUGAAGAAAUCCUGGGCAAGGACCACACACUCAAAUUUGUAGUUGUUACAAGAUGGAGAUUUAAGAAAGCACCUCUACUGUUACAUUACAGACCCAAAAUGGACUUGCUGUAAGAACUAUUCUGUCCUUCUGGACGGGUUUUUUUUUUUGCAGAGACUAUCAUCGGGCACCUUCUUCUUUUUCGUGCAUCACCGCAGUUCACCCACGAUACAAACCAGCAGAAUCCAUUUCCCGAAAACAGUAGCGCUUCCCCAUCCAGCCCAUCCUUCUGAAUAUUUCUCCUAGAGAUGCAUUAAACCCGACUUUGUGGACAGGAAAAUAUUUAUACUUUUUUCUACAAAAAAAAAAAAAAAGGAGAUUGCAACGCAAGAGGACACACUACCAGCAUGGAGUUUACAGACAUCAAAAAACACUUCACAGUCCCCACCUCCCUCCCACCCUGAAUGUGUGGCUUGGUUCUUGGCUGCCAUCUUGCAGCGACACCCGUAGGUUAAACAACAACAAAAAGUCGCGAAGAAGAUAACUUGGGAUUUAUUGUCGCUUCACAACUUAAUGGAAGGGCGGUAUAUUUUAUUUUGCAAGGGUUCUGUCUUUUAUACCUCAUAUCCAUCUUGUCUUUUUAGUACACCCUUCUGGAGGAUGUUUAACAAGAUCAAAUAGCCAGCUGUUACCUUCUGCUGUGUUUAACGUCGCUUCUGGAUUAUGCCCCUUUGUCAGGCUCAUUCGGUUGAGGUUAUUGAAAGAGUUUCAGUCGGUGUUUCUCCCCCUCCCCCUCCUUUGUUGCCAUCUUAUUGAGUUACAUCCUCAAAGCACUGAAUGUUUAGGGAGAAACUCUCCCUUGUGGUGUUAAAGGGGCUUUGCACAGCUGGAGCUGAUGUCGGGCUGAGGGGUUUGUCUCUCCCAUAAGCAAAAGCAGCCUUACCUACUUGAACUCCAGUAUUGUUCCUUUGAACAGCUGGCUGUGCAAAUGCGACCUGAGUUAGGGCAUUGACCUUCUAGCUGUUUUCAGUUUCCCUGAUUUGACUGUUUGCAUUCAGCUGAUUCUCUGCUGAACCGUCAUUAUAGGGACGGAAUGAGUUGGUAAUAUGAUAACUUUCUGGCCUUUAAACCUGUAAAUCUGGGUUAGUUUUUAAUCCAGUCCCCUUCACUGAAUGCAUUAUACCCCUUAAACAAUAUGCACUCUUUCUGUAAACAGUUGAAACGAGGUAAUUUGCUGCUAACUUUAGGCAUCCUGAGACUCAGGGGGUCCCCCCUUUCCCUCCAGUGUGGAUAUCUUUGGAAAUGGUUUCUUCAGUUUCACCCAAAUGAGGUAUGACUUACAACAUUCUACCCUUCAUUGGUAAAAGACAUGCAAGGCAAGAGUGGGAAAUGUCUUUCAUCUGGAACCGUGGUUUUGAAAUCAGCUGGUGUGGCUGCACCCAAGAACAGGCACUCACAUUCUCAUUUUUGCAUGUUUCCCUAGGCCACAGGCAUGUGUUUUUCCUCUCACAGGUGCUCACACAGGCACAUGGAGGCAUGUGUAUUCUUUGCAUGUACACAGGUCAUCCUUUCCUCCUUCAUGCACCACCUUGGUUACGCUAUAUAUACAGAGCAAGGAAGUAAAUCGCUACUGGGAAUAACAGGCAAGAGGACCUGUCCUCGUUACAUCCUUCGAUGCUUUGCUGUGGUGUGAGAUGCUGCCUUGAAACUAGCUCUUCCCCUCUGUUGUCACUAUAACCCCACUUCCGAUUAACACAGGUGGGGUUGGGGUUCGGUAGCAGGCAGGUAGUAGCCGCAUGAGUAAGGAUUCACAGGGAAGGAGUUUCAGAAAGAUUGGCAGAAAAGCAGGGGGGAGGUUGGAAGCUCCCCCUCCUUGGGGUUUUUCUACCUGGGAGCUUAUACCCGAGCCGUGAUCUAGAUUGAAUCUUUAGCAUAUUUGCUAAAUGUCCUCUCUUUCUGAGCCUCAUUGCUCUAUAGUAAUGGGUUUUCCAUUGUAGAGCAAGCCUGGGCCAAGGGUACAGUGAGGAGUUAAAUCUUUGGGGCACGGCCGGUGCAGCAGUCUGAAGUAAGAUGCAGUGUUUUUCCUGGGUAACUUUGAGAUCAGUUACCCCUGUUUCACAGACUCUCCAUUAAAAUCCUAUUAUUUGCCACUGUCUUGCAUAAAACGAUACCACCACCACAAGAGAUCCUUCAGUUUGAUCCAGAAGGAGCAGGUGUGAUCACUUCCUUUUCUAGUUCUGAUUAUUCCAUUUUUACCCAGUAGAAUAAAGGACGGGGAAAAUCAACCUUCUUGGAAAUAGCCAGGCACUCUUCCCAAAUAUCAGAAGUCAACAGGAGACUUGUAGCGUCUUGAAGACAAACAAAACGUUAUUCCAGCAUAAGAGUAUCUGUACUAGAUCACACUUGUUCAGGUGGCCAUGACUCCAGAUUUUUAUCUCACUAUGUAUUAACUAUCUUAGCAACAUUUGGGACUCCUUGCCCUUUACAGAUGUUAACUAACAUAGCGCAACUAGCUCAUGAUC